CCGCCCGGUGGAGCGCCACGUGACUGCGUCUCCCCGCCCUCUCACCCCGCUGCUUCUAGGUUCUGGGAAGAUGGCGAAGGUCUCAGAGCUUUACGAUGUCACUUGGGAAGAAAUGCGAGAUAAAAUGAGAAAAUGGAGAGAAGAAAACUCACGAAAUAGUGAGCAAAUUGUGGAAGUUGGAGAAGAAUUAAUUAAUGAAUAUGCUUCUAAGCUGGGAGAUGAUAUUUGGAUCAUAUAUGAACAGGUGAUGAUUGCAGCACUAGACUAUGGUCGGGAUGACUUGGCAUUGUUUUGUCUUCAAGAGCUAAGAAGACAGUUCCCUGGCAGCCACAGAGUCAAGCGAUUAACAGGCAUGAGAUUUGAAGCCAUGGAAAGAUAUGAUGAUGCUGUACAACUAUAUGAUAGGAUUUUACAAGAAGAUCCAACUAACACUGCUGCAAGAAAGCGUAAGAUUGCCAUUCGAAAAGCCCAGGGGAAAAAUGUGGAGGCCAUUCGGGAACUGAAUGAGUAUCUGGAACAAUUUGUUGGAGACCAAGAAGCCUGGCAUGAACUUGCAGAACUUUACAUCAAUGAACAUGACUAUGCAAAAGCAGCCUUUUGUUUAGAGGAACUAAUGAUGACUAAUCCACACAACCACUUAUACUGUCAGCAGUAUGCUGAAGUUAAAUAUACCCAAGGUGGACUUGAAAACCUCGAACUUUCAAGAAAGUAUUUUGCACAGGCGUUGAAACUGAACAACAGAAAUAUGAGAGCUUUGUUUGGGCUUUAUAUGUCGGCAAGUCAUAUUGCUUCUAAUCCAAAAGCAAGUGCAAAAACGAAAAAGGACAACAUGAAAUAUGCUAGUUGGGCAGCUAGUCAAAUAAACAGAGCUUAUCAGUUUGCAGGUCGAAGUAAGAAGGAAACCAAAUAUUCUCUUAAGGCUGUCGAAGACAUGUUGGAAACAUUGCAGAUCACCCAGUCUUAAGGUUUCAAAAACUCUUUGACAUUAGAUUUCACAACUGCACAAUUGAACUUAUUGGCCUGUAACUUAUUUACUAAAUGCCCAGUGCUGUUUAUAUACUACAGUAAUUUUCUGUUAAGAAGGCAGUUGUAAAGAAUGUGUUUAUAUAAACCUAAAAAUGCCUUUUACUGCUAAGUGGGAAGAUGGGGGAAAUCCAUGGAAGAGAGAUUUAAGACUUAUUGAUUGUACAUCAGUCUCUUCAUAUCACAUAUAUAUAUAUAUAUAUAAAACUCUAAUGUAGAAUAACCUUGUUAAAUAAACCAUGAUGUUUUAUUAAACUUGCGUAUGAAGAUUCUAACUUCAUUUUGUUAUACUCACAGUGGAUAUAUUGUUUAAGAACUCAGUUUCUAGUUAACUCCUUACUGGUGAUAGCAAAGACACAGCAUGUGUAGCUGACAGAAGCAGAUUAUUUAGACUUUGUUUAUAUUGUCGAAUUGGAUUUUGCUGUACAUUCCGGUGGACUAUUUGAAUUAUUUUAUCUGCUGUAAUAUCCUUUUGAUGAAUCUUGCUUAAAACAUGUCAUUCUCCAAAGUUCAGCAAUAUUUCUUUGUAAAAUUUUUGUUUUGAUAUAGGACAUAAUUGAGAUUUAUACGUAUAAAAUGCCUUAAG